AUCUCGAUUAUUUGUUAUUCCACACUUUCGGGUCCACAACCAAAAAUACCCGGAGGGGCGGCCAUAGUUGCUGCUGCUGCUCAGCAGAAGAUCGCGAUAGAAGCUACGAGAGAGAGAGAGAGAGAGCAUUGAGUCAUACAUGAGAUGAGCUCCGAGCCUCCAGCCAUGUCUCCAGACCGAGAUAUCGACAAGACGGCCAGGUCCAAAUUGGCCUGUCAGUGCUGUCGAGCUAACAAGGUACGAGGGGCUUUCCAAGUGUUGAGGGGAUGGCACAUGUGUUGACCUCUUAAACUCAUAAGGUCAAAUGCAUGCGUGAUACGCCGGAUGCACCGACAUGUCAUCGUUGUCAACGGUUUGGUCUCCCCUGUCAUCUCCCAUCGAUACAUAAACGGCGUGGACGACCUCCAAAGCAGCAGCAGCAACAACAGGUCUCGAACGAUGCUGUCGUUCCCGCUCCCUACGUCCUGCCCCACUUCUCUUCUUUCACCACCUCUACCGAUUCUCGCCUCCCUCCUGUGCAUCAUCUCCCUCGCCCUCUACACCGUCCCAUACCAUUCUAUGAAGCUCCAGCGAGAGCUGGACCUUCCACCUUGAAGAGGACGAGACCUUUAUCCGCCGGAGCUGCUCCGACUCAGCCUCAUGCUUCGUCAUCGGGUCAACACUCUAAUCCGACGGACAUGCCAACCGCGUACUCCGAUCCAAGUACUCAAUUGUCAACGAGUCCUGGAGACGAACGAAGAAGACAUCACAAAGGGUCCAAUGUCGACGUUUCGGAUUACCUUGACCCGGGAGAGCGAGUUUUCAUGAACAAUGCACCCAAAGGGCCUUUCUACCUCGAUCGGCCAUUAUCCGAGGAGGCCAUCUCAGAUGAGGAUGAAGAGGCGGAGAGAUUGCCCUUGGCAGAUGGAAUGGAUCCAGUGCUUCUAAGGAUAUUGACCGAAGUCGAAGCUCACGCGUUGAUACAAAUUUUUCUCGAACGCCUUAACCCACAAAUCGCGGUGUUUGAUGCCAAGCUUCAUACUGUACCCUAUCUCCGUCGCACCUCUUCCAUCCUAUUCACUUCCGCCCUGGCCGUAUCGGCCAAAUUCUACCGUCAAGAUCUCUAUCCUGUCCUCCUGGCACACGCUCAGGCGAUCCUCGAUCGAGCAGUGUGCUCAGGCAAACACGAUAUAGGCAUAGUCCAGAGCUUGAUGCUCCUGACAUACUGGAAAGUACCGGAGGACACGACUGCAUGGAUCAAGAUUGGAUUGGCACUGCGCAUGGGGUAUCAAAACUUCUGGCACGUACCUAGGACUGGGCCUCUGCCGCCCGAUGAGAUGUCUGCGAGGGAGACCCUUAACGCUGAGCGGACUUGGUUCUGCUUAUUCUGCUUCGACAGAGGUCUCAGUCAAACCUUUGGUCUUCCAACUGCCACACGACCUGAUCACUUUGCAGAGGCCGAGAGCUGGGCGCGAGGACAUCUCGAUUUUGCUCCACUGGUUGACAUGCAUCUCGCUUUGUCCUUUGAACUGUGCAAGCUUAAAGACCAUUGGCGCGCCUUGUUCCAAUCACAUUCGCCAGCCCCUCGUUACGUCGAGUCGGCUAUCGACCUGCUCGUCAGCCAGUGUGACGCACUACUGGCGAGGUGGUUCAAUAAAGACAACCCACCACCCGACUUUCACUGGGAAAAUGAGCAUUCUGUCAAAUGGUCUAUUCUCGACUUUAUCCUCAUUCUUCAGCGCCAGCGCUUGGACCUCAAUCCGACGGACCCACUGCGACUUGACAUGUGUCUCGGCGUUGCAUCGGAGAUUGUUGACCUGAUUGCUGCGCUAGCGGAUAACGGCGGUUUGGCUGUAUUGCAAGAUACAGCGUCCUGUAUGACAUCGUCACUGGCUGUGCUCCUUCACAAAAUCUUUCGACAGACAUCGACGCCACAAAAAUCCCUGGUCAUCUCCCUCCUCCAACGCAUCUUAUUAUACAACACCCGUGUCUCCAACGGGGACACCAAUUGCGCCACGGCAUUUGUCGCGCGGUUCGCUCGACGAACACUGUCGGCCAUAGGAAAUGAAUCUCGAGCGGGGUCUCCUGGCCACUUGAACAAUGCAGAUGGAUCAGAUCCGCUCCUGAUCAAGCGAAACGGCGAAAGGAUAGGCGGCACUCAACCCGAUUUCAUGGCCCAGCUUGAAGAGUACAUGCAAGUCUCGGAAGAGCCUGUACAGGCUUCAGUCGAUGAUCAGCAGUACUGGUGAGUGGGGAUCGCGCGGCGUUGCGACCCGGGUCCAAGUUCUGGGACUGAAAACAGGCCCAGGUCUAUGCUCUUCUCCGCUGCGCCGGAAGCGAACCCCGCUGCAACAUUUGCAUGGGAUGUACCGGAUACUACUAAUGCUGUUGGUAAUACUAGUUCUGCUGCUGCUGCUGCUGGACAUGAGCCCUUCGGGUACUCUAUGCCAUUCUUAUAAAGGCGCAUACGUUGCAUACGAUGUCU